ACGUUGGUCUGCGCGCUGGGUCGGAGGCGCCGGGUGGCCUCGCCCCUCGCACCCAUGAGGAGUCGCAAGCUCGCAGUUGGCCUGCGGGCAUCUGCACGGCUCCAUGCCCGAAGCUGUUCUGCCAGGUUGUCCAGCUCCCGGGACGUCCCCAGAGCUGCACCUGCCAGGCCGGAAUGCCAGCCCGCCUCGUCCCGCCGCACUCCCAAGAGGUUCAAGGCCGACCGAGGGCACCAGGGCAAGGCCCAGCUGCAGCGGGUCGCCCAGAAGAGCCCCGGCACCCCCAGAGUGCCCCCCAAGGCCCGCUGCAGCUCGGAGCACAGAGAUCUCCCCAAAGCUGGAAAUGGGGCUGCAGCUGAGGCCACCGGCCUGUUCCCGGAGCUGGGAACAGAGAGCCAGGCCUGCUUAGGGGAGCAGGGGACCCAGUCACCCCUGGUGCACCUGGACCCUGACGUGUAUCUAGACGACAGUAGCCAGCCACUCCCCGUCAGCUGCUUCUUCGGCAAUGUGGAGCUCAUGCAGGACCUGCCCCCUGCCUCCUCCGCCUGCCCGUCCAUGAGCAGAAGGGAGUUCCGGAAGCUGCACUUCCGGGCCAAGGAUGAUGACGAGGAGGAUGAAGAUGCUGCCGAGAUGUAGGGGCUGAAGGUGGCCCUCUCACUCGACGCCCCGCAGCUACUGCGGCCAG